UGGCCACCGGGCAUCCUUUCCUUGUAGCUCCGGUAGUGUAGUUAUAUGUGUAUUGUGCGGAAGAGAAGCGCAUGAGAAAAGCUAUUCGACAAAUAAACAAACACCCAAAGUGCACACAGCCCACUCCCACCUUCGGAGGCCUCAUGUUGUGGUCACAUCAGCAUGUGGCGCCAGUUAAUAUAACUGUUCUCUUGUGUUACUACUGCUGAGCCCCAACUCUCACGCAUCCUCCCUGCCCUCUACCUCCACCCAGCUGUUGCUAGCUGUCCCUCUUCUCCUUGUCAUGUGACGCCUCUCCUCCUCCUCCUCCACCUCCACCGAUGCCUGCCUUCAAUCAUCUUCGACGAGGGAAACCCACUGCCAAUGCGCCACAGCAGCAACGGCAGUACAAGAGUGUUCCUUGUUCCUUGUGAGGAGAUGGAUAGACCGAGUCAUCGCCUUUUUGCCACUACAACACCAUAAUUCUCACUGAAUUCUUGUGCCUCGAUCUUCGCAUUACCUCUUAUCAUCAUCGGUUCCUUCCUUGUAGUAUUUGCAUUAUCUUUUUCUUCCUUGGCUUCAGCGAAUGGCGCAGUUGCCUCCUAAGAUUCCCAACGCCGCAACCGACUGGCACGGUUCUGUCCACCACAAGAACUUUUGCAUGGGCACUGCAGACUCGUGGGUGGACGAAUUCCUCGACUUUUCUGCCGCCAAGCGCGCAGCGCACCGGAGGUCGGCGAGCGAUUCGAUCGCGUUCCUGGAGGCACCGGUGGAGAGUGUUGGCGUCGGCGGCGGCCAUGAGUUCGGCCGGCUCGAUGAUGACCAGCUGAUGUCAAUGUUCUCGGACGAGGCGCCACAUUCGCCGUCUGACGCCGUGCCUAUCGACUCCUCCAACCCACUGCAAGCAUCGGAUGACAACCAUACCGACGGGGAGAAGAUAGAAGAGAAACAGCGGAUAUACGAGGCGCAUAAUGUUCCGCAGAUUGGGAGAUGUGCGGAAGCCAAAUUGGCUACUGGUUCAGAGCAAAAUUUUGACCCCAAGAGGGUCAAGAGGAUAUUGGCAAAUCGGCAAUCAGCGCAGAGAUCCCGAGUGAGGAAGCUGCAGUACAUCUCGGAGCUGGAAAGAAGCGUUACUUCAUUGGAGACCGAGGUGUCAGCAUUGUCCCCUCGAGUAGCUUUCCUUGAUCAGCAGCGAUCUCUCCUGACCAUGGGCAACAGCCACCUCAAGCAACGAAUUGCUGCUCUCGCGCAGGAUAAGAUCUUCAAGGACGCUCACCAGGAGGCACUGAAGAAGGAGAUAGAGAGGCUGAGACAAGUCUACUACCAGCAGAGCCUCAAGAAGAUGGCAGAUGCCACCACCACUGACACCACCUUGCGCGGUGAGGAGCUACGCAGCAGCUGCAAUGCGGCAACUGACUGUGCCCCUACCACGUGAGAGAUGAUACCGAAGGUGACAGUAAUCGGCCGGCCCUGUUUCCUUGACUUGGUCGGAGCAGGAAGUUGUAGUUAUAUAUGGCUGUAGCCUAAUUUUCCCUGUGUAAUUUAUUUUAGUUACACCAACUGUAACUGCCAUUCUAAGUUCAUUCGGGUCCUUCGUGAUGUGGGAGUGAAAGGGAUGGGAUGUAAUGCAUGGAUAGUGCCGGAGAGAGGCUUGUCGGGGUGCUCUUUGUACCAUUAAUGCGUGUUCCUUUCA